AUGCGGUUAUUUGAACUCCAUCUCACUGUGCACAGCCCUUCAACUCAGAUCGAACGUUCGAACAAGGAUGUGGUAAGCGAAGAAGAGGAGAAUGUGGCUCAUUCCACGGACGACAAUACAGCAGCUUCGUUACGCGCGAACCUGUUCAGUCGCUCUUUGAAUUUCGGCUCCAGUCCCAUCACGACUGUCCUCAGUGGACAGGAAUUUGCUGAACGUGAGGCACGCCGACGCCGUCUGGAAGAUAUCAUGGCUCGUCUAAAGCCAAACAAUCAAUCCGAGUCCGCGCAAACUGAACGCAAAGUCUCACCCUCACCGAGUCGACAGUCUCUAAAUGAGACUGUGAGAAAUAGCGCAACGGAGAUUCUCGCGAUGCCUCCGAUUAGUGCAAAACCCUCCGAUCCAGCCUCUUCUAUGGAACUACAAGAUCAUUCACGCUCGAUAUCUCGACCACAGUCCUCCACUUCGGGUUAUAUGACUGAUCCACUCUUUUCUAAUGACUCAGUUGUUUGGCCCACAGUGAAUGACACCUUGGAAUCAGAUUUGGGCACAAACGCGCCUUGUUUGAUCAAACCGGAAAUUGAGAAAACAGCAACAAUUACACCUAUACUCUCUCCAUCAAACUCGCCGCAUCCGAAAAGGGCAAAUGUGGUGGCUAACCUGCUUGCUUCGGGUCGCCUAAAUGUGCGUAGCAGGGCAGCAACAAUUCUUCUAAAUUUGGCCUCUGGACGUCCGCCGACAGAUGGUCUUGGUCCACAAAACUACUCAAAUGGGAGCGGAUCUCUAGAACGACUGGGAUCGAGUAAGUUACUCCUCCGUUCGUUUGCGUCGCAUCGAGUUCAGUAA